AUGGCCUUAGUGAAAAUGAAUGUAUUUCAUUGGCACAUCACAGAUGAUAGUUCAUUCCCGUACGAAUCAUCCACAGAUCCUCAACUCUCGAAAAUGGGUGCUUAUAAUCCUGUAGAGUUAGUCUAUGGAAAAGUGAUUGUUGAGUAUUUACUGAAAUAUGCUCGUUUACGUGGAAUACGUGUGGUGGUGGAAUUUGAUACUCCGAGUCAUACAAGUUCAUGGGAGAAGGGUCAUCCUGGAUUACGAACACAGUGUUAUACUGAAGGUGUACCAAAUGGAAGAACUGGUCCAUUUGAUCCUACAAAUACGACCACAAUGGAAUUUCUGAAAUCGUUUUUCAAUGAAACCACUUCAGCAUUUCCAGAGAGAUUUAUUCACUUGGGUGGUGAUGAUGUAUCGUUUGAAUGUUGGCAAUCAAAUCCUGAGAUUGUGAAAUUCAUGGAGACGAAGGGUUUCGGCGAAGACUUUGGAAAACUCGAAUCAUAUUAUUUUGACGAACUUAUCACAGCUAUUCAAUCUGUUCAACAGGAGAGGGGUCCUAUCACACCAGUUGUUUGGGAGGACGCAUUCGAGAAUGGCUAUCGUGUAGGUGGAUCAUCUUACUUUUUAGAAUACUAA